GUAGUUUAACCUUCCAGGAAGACACUCAACACCUCUGUAUGUCCUGUAUGUCAAGGUUCCUGCAGUUACAUUAACGGCUCCAGCAAGAAUCCCCAAGCACGGACUAGUCAGCCACAGGCCGUGACAGUGAGGGCUGCGAUGACAAACUCAAGAUCCCCCCAAAUCAGUAGCCAUUUAAGCAGCAGCCAGGAGUCAGAGUGGGAUGACGUGCUCCCAGUACCCAAACUCAGAUUCUCUGUGGCAUCUGUCCUCGUCUUCUGUUUGGCAGUCUUGUGUUUUGCGAACAGUUAUGACGGAGACUUUGUCCUUGAUGAUUACUUUGCCGUCCUGUACAACAAAGACCUGCUUCCCGAUACCCCGCUUUCCACCAUUUUCGCUCAUGACUUUUGGGGGAACAAGUUGGACUAUAGAAGCCACAAAUCCUACAGACCUCUCACCACCAUGACUUACAGGUGGAACUACGCAUGGGCAGGAUCUAUGCAGCCUGAAGGAUUCCACGUAGUCAACAUCGUCCUGCACGGCUUGGUGUCGGUCAUCUUCCUGGCAGUAUUCUCUGUCCUCAUGUCUGGUUACCAGGUGGACCAGGAAUCUGCCAGGCCGGUGUUUGCCUCGCCCCGAGCUGCCCUCCUGUGUGCUGUGUUGUUUGCUGUGCAUCCAAUCCACACUGAGAGUGUAGCAGGGAUCGUGGGUCGGGCCGACCUGCUGUGUGCCUUGACCUUCCUUCUAUCGUUCCUGUUGUACGCCAGGGCCUGUCUCCCAACUUCAUGCUUGGUCAGCUACCGUCCCAAAUCCUUCUCCCUGUUGUCUAUACUGGCCAGUAUGUGUCUGUGUGUCAUGUCAUGGAUCCUUCCGAUUUCAGCUUCAUGCCUGGUCACUUACCGUCCCGUGUCCUUCUCCCUGGUGUCUAUACUGUUCUCCCUGGUGUCUUUACUGGCCAGUAUGUGUCUGUGUGUCGUGUCCACCUUCUGUAAGGAGCAGGGCAUCACUGUCAUAGGUAUUUGUAGCGCGUUUGACAUAAUCGUUGUGUGUGAAGUCGAUCCUUUCCAUUGGUUGGGACUCAACAAGGCAAGCAGGUCCAAGGAAGAUAAAUUUAAGAAGUUUAACCGACCGCGAUGGGUCAAUGGUCUCAUCCAGCGUCACCUCAUCUUGUUUAUAACCGGCGUGUUGGUCCUGAACAUUCGACUGCGGGUCAUGGGAUCAAUGCCUAUAUUCGAUGUCAACAUCAUCCCGCAUGCCUUUGUCAAUGGCACAAUAUACAGAGUUUUAAACUACAACUACCUCUAUGCCAUCAAUAUCUGGCUGCUGUUGAAUCCAUGGUGGCUGUGCUGUGAUUGGUCAAUGGGUUGUAUACCUGUCAUCACCUCAUUGGCUGAUCCAAGAAUACUGGCAGUCAUAGCUCUCUGGACUGGGUUUGGUGCUAUCGUGUUCCAUUGCUGUAACGGGAAGGUCACACAUUAUCGCCGCAUCCUGAUAACGUCCCUGGCAGUAUUAGGGGUUCCCUUCCUGCCAGCCAGCAACCUGUUAUUCCGUGUGGGUUUCGUGAUCGCAGAGAGGAUUCUGUACCUGUCCUGUGCUGGCUUCUGUAUGUUGGUGGUGCUCGGAGCCAGACAGAUUUGUUAUAAAUUUCACUCUACUGCCAGACAGAUGGUUACGGCGGGCCUCGCAUUCCUCAUAGCUGUAUUUGUUCUUAGGUCAAUUCAGAGAAGUAAUGAAUGGAGAGUACCUCUGGCUUUGUACACGUCAGGAGAUAAGGUCUGCCCAAACAAUGCAAAGAUUCAGAUGGGACAAGCCAUGUAUUAUGAUGCCAGCAACAAAACAGACGCUGCCAUCAUAAAAUACAGACGCGCGAUUGAGUUGAAUUCUCAGGACUACGCAUCAAUGCUUUACUUGGCCGUCAUCUUCAGACGUGAAGGCGAGAUGCUGGAGGCUGAACAGCUGCUUGAGAGAUCUGUCGCUAUCAGAUCAGACAACGUAGAGGCGUUGAUGGACCUCGGCGUAGUUCGAGCAGAACUGAAGAAGAAUGAAUUGGCAGAGACAAGCUUCCUUGAAGCUCUUCGAGAAGACAACAAAUGCGUUAAAUGCUAUUUUAACCUUGGGAAUUUUUAUCGAGGCACGGGACGAUCUACCGAAGCGAUCAGUGCAUGGCGAAAUGCAACCGAUUUAUACCCCCGUUACACGCCAGCAUGGAAAAACGCCAUCCUGCUUCUGAUUGACUUGAAGAAGUACGACAAAGCUAUUGAGGUUGGUAUAGAAGCACUGAAGGCACUGCCAAAGGAAACAAACCUGAUGUUCCAUCUGGCAAAUACUUACAUCAUGGUGGAUAAGUUCCAGGAAAGUGAGGACUUGUUCCUGGCUGGACUACAGAUAGACCCACACAGCGCCAAGUUCCAUCACAACCUAGGUGUGCUGUACCAUCGGUGGGGAAACACUGACCAGGCCGAGGUAUCUUUCACACGGGCAGUGGAACUGGAACCAACUGAUGCAACGUACCUUCAAAACUUACAUCUGAUUCAAGCCAAAAUAAGGAACAACGCGUAGGCCAUAUAUGACGUUUUGAUGAGCAUAUUCAUAGAACGUAUGUAAAACAAAACCCGAAAAGAUAAACCACCAGCCAAAGAAAACAAGUACGACAGUGACUGUUAUUGGCCAAGAAGGAAAACUCAGGAUGAUGUAAUUCCGUUUCUGCACAUACCAGAAGGCAGGUCCACUCCGUCACUAUGGCAUUGUUUCCUUUGUGUAACUUCCAGUGAGACUGUUUAGAAGUACUUACAAUGGGCGCUGGGUGCUUGCCUCUACCUGUGUUGCAAAUUGGUAUCAAGGGUGUCCAUCUGUCUAAGGCCUCAUCAGAUAUGUGAAAGUAAGAUAUGUGAGAAUAUAAUUACACAAAAAUUCCACCACCCUAAAACACCCAUAUGGGCUGAUAGUGAUUAUGGAUAGGAAGUUUAUAACAAAUUAUACAAAUGUGGCAAAUGGGUAUGAAACACAUAUACUGUAAAUGUAAGGAAGGAUAACAAUAUAUGGAUGACCAGAAUAAGGAGAUGUAUAUAUACAAGUGUGAGAGAGUACAAGUAUGCCCACCAUCCUUUUUCUGCUCAUCACUUGCUUGGGGGGUGAGGUAGCCUAGUGGUUAAAGCGUUCGUUCGUCACUCUGAAGACGCGGGUUCCAUUCCCAUAUGGGUACAAUGUGUGAAGCCCAUUU